AGCCUUUUUUGAGAAAACAGAUCAGAGCUUAACGUUGCUCAUUAUUUCUUGGCUAUUUUCUUCUUCGCAAUUUCUGCCUGCUAUACCUUCUUCUUCUUCACUAGGCAGACGCUGGCUUCUUCUUCUUCUUCUUCUUCAUGGUAUUUCUGUUUUCUUUGAUUCUUUCCUUUCUAUUUCUUCAAUCCAUAAAGAAUUUGGGCUUAAAUGUAAUAUUUCUAAGAUUGAAAAAGUGUUUGCGUUUUGAACAGCAGAAACGCAAAGAUGCAUUUUUAGUAUUGAAAACCUGAUCAAAUUGCUUACUCCAUUUUGUAGUAAGCAAAAUACAAAUUGCUUACUGCAUUUUGAGUUUUUCAUUUUAGGGCAUCAGCUUUACUUUACUUGUAUGCGUGGUACUUUAUCGCUCACUUAAUUUAUGUUUGUGUAUUGUAUGUUGUAUUUGUGCCGUGUGCGUGCCUGCUUAUGUGCUGUAAGCUCACUCAGUCAUGUCUUUAUAAUUCACUUUCUAGUUUUAUUUUCCUUCUAAUCGUGAAUUGUUGUAAGGUUUAUUUGAAAUGUUUCAUGUGCGUGCAAUGUGUUCGACGAAAUGCCAGCUUGUCUCUUUUGUUGGAAAAUAAUUUUGCUCGUGUAUGUAAAGAUAAUUUGAUAUUUCUAGUGGGGGAAGUCUAGAUUGCAGAGAAUCUGUUUACCUAGAUUAUGGCGGGUUGGCACAGGCAUUUGCAGUCGUUCAUUCGUCAGGUUGCAAGGAGAUAUGAAUGCAGCCACAUCGCUUCGUUCAGUACUUUCAACCAAGCAAAGGCUUCACUUGUGUCUGGUGAACUGCCCCCCUUGACUAGUCUCCGUAACUCAUUGUUUCCGACUAUCUCAAGGUCACCGUUUCUAUAUACACAGAAAUUGGAAUUCACUAGUUCAAGGAGCUUACUAGCUGCUGAAGGAACUCCAACAUCUUCACCACUAUUACCAGCUUUACCAUCAAGUACUGGAGCUGGAAAUACUGAAACUCAAAAGGCCAUUUCUAAACCUUCAAAGGUUCAAGCGGUUUUAAAGGGAAUAAAGCAGAGCCCUAAGAAACUGAAUUUGGUGGCUGCACUGGUCCGAGGAAUGCGUGUUGAAGAUGCACUGUUGCAAUUGCAAGUGACGGUAAAGAGAGCUGCUAAAACUGUCUACCAGGUUAUACAUUCAGUACGCGCCAAUGCAACACACAAUCAUGGACUCGAUCCUGACCGCCUUCUUGUUGCCGAGGCAUUUGUUGGCAAGGGAACCCAUCUGAAGAGGGUAUCAUACCAUGCGAGGGGCAGAGCAGGAAUAAGAGAGAGAGCAAGGUGUCGGCUGACUGUGGUGGUAAGGGAGAUAACAGCAGAUGAGGAGGCGGAGAUAGCUAAGUUGAAGGUGCACAACCUCCGUAAGCUUACUAAAAGAGAGAAACGGCUCGUCCCUCAUCAACUUAUCGAGACCACUCCCGUUUGGGAUCGCAAGAACAGAUCUAGAAGCCAAGAAUCAGCUGCAUUCCAUUAGUCCACCACAUGAUGCUAGAGUCGAACUCCAAAAUCAAGUUGAUGAUCAUCUUCUGCUUCACUUUUCUGCAAUAAGUUAGUUAGACAUUGCUGCUUUCUUCUUAAGUUUAGCCAAACUUUCCUAUAUUUUUUUAUAAGACUUUGCCUAUAAAAAUUUUAACGUCGUUUAAGGUUUUUUAACAUGUCAUUGCUUCAUAGAUGCAUCAUUCAUUUAGGCAUCGAAUAGUGUGUAAAUGAGUGAUUGAUGAUCAUUUUUGUGAGGCAUAAUAUGUUCUCCCUUUCUGUCAUUGACCUUAAUCUAUUUUUCUUUUUUGGUUGUUUCA